GGCGAUCGCACUGGGUGAAGAACGAUGCGAGUGACGAGUUUUCUCUUGUGUCUCGUCGGAUCUCUGGCGACUUCCGGUGAUAGUGAUGAAGAGUUCGCGAAUCCGAAUGCCUUGAACGAGGCUGCGGCUUGGUCUUACAUGAAAGACUAUAACGUGGAAGCGUCAGAAGUAUGCAAUCGAAACGCUCUAGUCAAUUGGGCCUACGCCACAGAUCUAACCGAAGCGAAUCGUCAGGCUGUGUUGGCGGAGAGCCUGGUAUCUGCGCGCUAUGCGAAAGAAGCAUGGAAGAACGUGACCUCGUUCCAAUGGAAAAAAUUUCGCGACCCGGAGUUGAAGCGGCUCUUCAAAUCUCUCUCCAUCCUCGGAACGGCUGCUCUCCCGGAUGACAAAUUCACACGGGUGAAUCUUUCCUCCGUUUUAGUCCUGAAUGCGGAACCCUCAGAGUGCGUCCUCUUGACCCCAAAGACAAAGAGGCGCACGUGA